AUGCAGGAAACGGGGGGGGGGGGGUUUCUCCUGCCACCCCGCAGACUCCGGAGGCUGCUCCUGCUCCUCUGCCUCCCGAGGGACGGGGAGUGGAGGCGCCGCAGCUCUCCGCCCCCAGACCCGGGCGGGGUCCCCUCACCUCCGCACCGAGGAUCGCUCACAUCCACAUUCCAGGAGGGAGUCGCAACACAGCAGCUCCAGGCACGGGGCCUGGUGGCGCGGCCCGCGGAGCCCCUGAAAGCAGAGGCUGCAAGGAGGUGCCACGGCCUGAGCUUCGUGGGACAACGCGACUGCCGUGGCCUUGGGCACCCCGGAGCCACAUCCUAA